AUGCUGACAGAAAAUCUGGACACUGGGGAGAGAAAAUCUGAGCCGGGGGGUGAUGGCUUCAUGGCCGGCAGGUAUGGAGAAGGAAAACAUCUCUUAUUAUUUUAAAAAUCAAUAUCUGUCUUUAUUCUUCUACGGAGGCCCUCUGUGGACGUGCAUCUUUGUGUUUCCAUUUCCCAAAAUAAGAUUUCAGCUGUUUUCUAUAAAUAAAAGGUGGGAUCCUCUAAAGUUACAGACACAGAAAUAGGUUUUACUCUCCUGGUUUGUAGGCGAUGGCAUGUUGUGGUCUUAAACUGCACAUAUGUGGAGCGUAAAAAUUAUUAUAAAUAGUUUUAAAAGCCCAAAUGGAAUAAAAAAGCUCCAUAUAAACACCUCAGUCAGGAUAAACAGGCUGUCUGCAGACAAAUUAAUAUGCGGUUGUGGAGUUUUUAUUUCAGUUUUGUCCUAAAUAGUGAUUUUCUCCCAUGUGAGUCUUUUUUCUGAACGUGCACAUCUGGACUGUAAAUAUAUUUCUGCACCUAAAACACAGACGUCAAAGUCAGACUGGAGGACUGCAGUUUAUUUUUUACGAGAAACACUCAGAAACUUUAGAUAAUUUAACAUUUAGAUGUCAGGAAAAUACACAUCUGUUUAAGAAAAAAAUCCAUCAACAGGACAAAAAAAAGUGAUCAAAUGAAAAAAUAACUAUUCUCUGUUAAAAGAGGCAGAUAAACACAAAACUUUUUUAAAUCAGUUUGUAGGUUCAAUUAAAAACUAGAGCCAAUCAAAUCAAAUACCUUGUAAAUAAUAACAUCUUUAAUCUGAAUUAUUUUAAAAGAAUAAUAUUAAUGUGUCGACACAGACUAGCACUUUAUUUUUUGUUCUAUCUCCUAAAAAUAAAUUAUAAUUCAAAAACAAACUAUUUCUCUAAAUAAAUGGAUAAAUUAAUCCACUAGAAAAGGGCAAAAGGUCUUUUUCUCCCAACAUAAUUUAAAGGUUAGUCAUGAUCUAAAGAAAACAAAUGAAAUAUUCUCAUAAUCUGGGAAAACAAGCAGGAUUAUCCAGAGAUAACGAGAUAAAUAUGUCGAGAUCAUGACAGAAAAAAUAACAGAAACACACAUUUUGUUUCUGCAAAAUGAGAAAAAUUAAAAUCAAAGCUGCAUGUCCUCUUAGGGCCUCCGUACCAUCCCUGUUAAACGUGUCUGUAUGUAAAGAUACUGAUUUGCUCUCUCUUAUAUUAACUCCUGUAUCUCUCAGCAGCAGCAGCAGCAGUUCCCUCAGUGACCAGCAGAGGGCGGGGGGCAGCAGAGAGCUCUGUUUACAGAUCUGGAGGAUCACAAAAAGAGACAAAACAGGGAGACCUGAGCAGAGGUGAGAUCUGAGAAACACUUUACAUCAGUGUUUAAAGAGAAAGGAAAAAAAAUACUUUAUUAUUUUUAUAUUUUCAUUUAUAUUUAACACAAAUUCGGCCUUUUACAGUUAUUUUUUUCCAAUGAAGAGUGCUAAAUAUACAAAAAGAUUAGUUUCUCUGUAUUAUUAUUAUUUAGAUUUUUGUAGUUAUUAUGACUAUUAUUAUUUAUGUCAAUCAAACUCAUCUGUCACGGCAGGUGUCUCUUAUUUAUCUUCAGGCCUGUUGUGAUUUAUUACAGUGAAUUAUAGAGACAUUAGCUUCAGUGAGCCUGUUAAAAUCCUGCAGAUGUGUCUUAAAAACGGGCUCUCCUGUAGCUCAUCUAAAGACAAAGAAGACAACCUUUUUUUUUUUUCUUUUUGUUGUUGCAGCAGCAGCAGCUCAGACUCUCACUCCCGUCUGCACACCUCUGAUUAUUCAGACAGGCCUCAGUGCAACAGUCCUCAUAUCUCUGCUCACAUCAUGAUCACGUUACAGGAAUAUCUGCUGGUCAUUCAUCAAGAAGAAAUCCGCGUUUAUCUUUUUUUUUCUAUGAUUUUAUUAAAUUGUAAAGUCUGUAACGCCCACAUAUCUGUGUGUGUGAAUAUCGAGGCGUUUGUGCGUAAAAAUGUGGUCACAGAUACUUUCACGUGUGAAGAGAUCUGGAAAUAA